AUGGACUUGUAUUUCUUUCAUCAUGAUGAAUACGAGCGUCUUUACAAUUGUAGUUUAUACAGUGUUGACCAAAUCCCUUUAGAAAAACGUCAACAUAAAAUACUUGGAAUUUUCUUGUUUAGUUUGUCUACACUAUGUGAGAUACUCUAUAUUCCUUGUAUGUUUUCAAUUUGGAAUCGAAUGGCAAAUAGUCAUUGUUAUAAAAUUAUGUUUUAUAUUGGGGUUAUUGAUAUGGCUACAAUUUUAUGUGUUGGACAUAUUACUGCCUAUUUUGGCUAUUUUGGUUUUGUUUAUUGUUCGUCCCCUACUUUCAAUUAUUUUGCUGGAGCUUAUGGACAAUGCUGCUGGAUAAUUGAAUCCAUAAUGGAAUUAGCUUUAGCAUUAAACCGUCUCGUUGAACUUUUGUCUUCAGAGCUGGCAACAAAAUUAUUUAACGGUAGGAAUUUAACAGAAAAAUUUCCGGAUCGGGAACUGAAACUUUUAAAGUAGUCG